AUGUACAGAAUAGACGUUUCAGAUUUUUAUGACUUCCAAGCGUUCAGAAAUAUGUGUCCAUUUAGAGACUAUAACAAAGCAGUCGAGAAUUUGAAACGUUUAGUCAUUUAUGUCGACUCUGCCCCAGAAUGUUAUGUCAUGAAAGAAUGGGAUGUUGUCUUUAACAAACCAAGAGCAACAAUAGUUUCAGAACAAGAAUGUAGACAGAAACUUAAGAAAAUAAAAGUCGUACAAGUUGGUAUGAAGAUGUUAGAUGCUUGGGAUAUCUUAUUGUCAAAGUUAGAAGAUUUUUCAGUUCGUGGUAUAAAGUUCUAUACACCAUCUCCAAACUUCUAUUCUAUCUUCACUGGAUAUAAAUACGAACAAGUAGAAUGGAAAGAAAAUGUUAUAGAAGCUUGGUUAGACCAUGUCAAAGAAAUUAUAUGCAAUGGAAACGAAAGAGUCUAUGAGUAUAUCUUAUGUUGGUUUGCAAACAUCUUACAACAUCCAAGUGCUAAAAAUGAAACUGCUCUCAUCAUAAUUGGAAAACAAGGAACAGGUAAGAACACUUUCUUUACAGAUAUCUUUGCAAACUGUUAG